GCCGGGGCGGGCUGAGGACUAUGAGCUGCUGCCCGUGCGGUGCCCUCUGACCGCCGGAGGUGCCAGGGCUACUCUCUGCCAUGUUCCCCAGGCAACCCCCAGGGAAGAAGGGGAAGACUCUGAUCAUCCAGGAUGAUACUGAUGAAGAUGAUCCCGAUGAAGGGAACCCGUUUUCUUUCAAAGAAUUUGUGAAAGGCAAAACCAGUAUCUUGCCGACGGGAAGGAACGGAGAAGGGGAUUUCUCCAUUGAGACUAAACAUGGUACCACAGUCCUCCCCGAAUCCCGGGACAAGUUCUCCUCAAACUCAAAGUACCAGGAAACGUUUUUUAAGGACCCCACUGUGGACAGUGAUCUCCUGGAUGAAGAGGACUAUGAGGAGGAGGAGGAGGAGGAGGACUGGAGCGGAAGCUAUCACCCAUCGGUGGUAGAGCAGACUCUGCAUGUCGGCACAUCUCCUGACAGCAUAUAUAACGAGUCUUCCGCCUACAGCGACAUCUCAGGGGACGAUCAGUUUCCGAUAUGGCGUCUGCCAGGAGGUCCCCCUCCUGCUGCCGAUGGUUACACCAAUCCAGAGCCGGCGAAGAACCCCGCUGACACCGCGCUCUUCCAGAGCAAGCAGAUGAGCUACGAGGAGGUCUUGGAAGAAAAUAACAGCCUGAGAAGAAAAAUCCAAGAACUGCACAAAGUGAACGACUCCCAGUCGGAAAAGGUCAAACAUUUUGAGCGAAAACUGGAAAAAAAAAUCCUGGAGGAGCAGAAGGAGGCACAAGACCUGGAGUCCAUGGUGCAGCAAGUGGAGGCGAACCUGCAGAUGAUGACGAAAAGAGCUGCCAAAGCCGAGAGCCACGUGACGAAACUCAAGCAGGAGGUGACUCUUCUCCAGAUCCAGCUAAGUACCUACAAGGCGGAGAAUGAAGCCUUGCGGCGGGGGGAAACGGCUGGGAUGAACGCGGUGAAACAGAACGCCAGCUUAGCCCUGGAGAACCUGCACAAGGCCGUGAGCGGAGCGCAGACUUCCAUCAAGCAGCUGGUGUCCGGAGCAGAGGCGCUGACCCUCGUCGCUGAGCUGCUGAGAUCCAUUGACAAAAUAGCAGAAGUUCACGACGAUGGAUCAUAAAGACGACUACUACUUCAUAAUAGAACUUGCCAAAUAGUAAAAAAAAAAAAAAAAAGACUCCGCCAUGACAGUCGCUUCCAUGUGUUGGGUCUUUUCCCCCCCAUACACAGCGCCACCCUUGUCUGGUAAUGCAGCUUCAAGAAAGGAAAAAAAGAGGCUGCAAUACCAAAGACAGCCUGUGAAGAAGGGUGGCGCUGUUUGGGAAAAAUAAAGCCCACUCGUUGCUCUAAAGUUAGACCAUAGGGAGGGUGGUCUAACGUAUCACCGGGAACUAGUGACGCUACUAUGUAGUGAGGUCAUAGGCUUCUGCAUCAAAAGCAAUAUCACGCUAUUGGCUGCCCCCACUAUACACCCUAUAGAGAGAACCCGCCAGUCUGAGAGGCCAGACCAUGAAUAUGGCAGGACCAGCCAACCACCUGAUAUGUAAGGGGGUGCCCGAAUCUCCCCCAAUGGCAGAUAUCGGGGUAAGCCCGAUGUAUGGCCUGCUUCUACUGAUUCCAAUAUAGCAGGGAUGCUCAAUCCACCUGCGGCCCUCCAGCUGUUGCAAAACUACAACUCCCAGCAUGCCCUAGUAACUGUAGGAUGUCCAGGCAUACUGGGAGUUGUAGUUUUGGAACAGCUGGAGGGCCGCAGGUUGAGCAUCCCUGCAAUACAGGCAUCUCAAUACAGAGACUGAUGGAUGAUAUACUGUCCCGGGUUAAAGGGGUUGUCCGACCCAAACGACACUUACCUAGUCCCAACGCCGCCGAGGCUCAGCUGUCACAUACCGAGACCAGUGAACGGCCGCAGCGGCGCACAUGACCUUGAAUGGGACGUCACACUUCCGGUCCGUAGGGGGAUGGGAGGCUUCAUGUUGGAACAGAGUGGCGGUGACUAGGUGUCUUCCCUGGUCCUGAUUAGGGGUCAGACAACCCCUUUAAUGACCUUUCUUUGGGAUAGGUGGCAUUGGUGAAGGAUAGACGCCCCCUUCAAUGAUUAUCCUGGUACAGCAGCGCCUUUUGUACAUGUGGCUGCAUCUGGUACUGCAGUACAACCUACAGCCACGUGGAUAAGUAUAGGUCAUCGAUGUAUAUUCCUGGAAAACCCCUUUAAGGCCUGUAGUCCUAUAUAUAGGUGACCAAAUACUGCACUAUUCUUGCUGCCACUAUCUAUGGCGUCUACUCGCCGCACACUUAUCCUACUUGCAAGAUGUGACGCACUUUACACUACAACCCCCUGCACCAGCGCGAGAGGCACGAUUAUUCCCUCUACACAAUACAUCUGCGGCUGUUGGGAAACUACAACUCCCAGCAUGCCCCGACAGCCUGCAGAAUACUGCUUUACACUAUGGGUCUAGCACUGUGAGUUAACAUGUAAGAUAUGUAUUUUUAUCUAAAUUAUAUAAUAUUUUAGCUUUUUCUUUUUAUCGUUUCGCUUGUACUAAACACAAAACCAGUUUCAUUCCUAUUAUUUUCUAUAAGAAUAACCCGCUGAAUGAAUAUAUAUGAUUAAUAAGACCAUUGUGGUGAGGCUAAAUCAAUACAGGGAGCUUUACAACAUCACAGCGGAGGGUUUGCUACAUUUGUAUCCAGUCUGGGCUGUAAAUGAGAUGUUCCGAUUCAAUGAAAGCAAGCAGAGAUGUAGACAAUAGUAUAGUCCGUAUAGAAGAAGAGCCUUAGCAGGGACAUUGCUGUGAUCAUCUAGUGCAGCCGUCUCUAGCUAUCGCAAAACCACAACUCCCACCAGGCAUGAUGGGAGUUGUAGUUUUCCAACAGCUGGAGAACAUUGCCCUAGCAGGGGUGGGCUACCUGCAGCACUCAAACUGUUGUGAAACUACAACUCCCAGCAUGCAUACUUGCUCUGCUCUUCUUAGAACUCUAAUAGAAAUAAAUAGAGCAUGCUGGGUAUUGUAGUUUCACAACAGCUGGAGUGCCGUAAUGGAUGAGACUCUAAAACGGCUGCCUCUUAAAGGGGCUGUCUCGUCUAAGGUAUUGGUGGCAUAUAGCUAUGGUACGCCACCAGUGUCGGAUAGGUGCAGGUCUCACCUAUCUCUAGAAAGGAGCCCCCAAAGUGGACGCAUUGGCGCAUCCGUCCUCUGUUCAUUUCCAUAAGUUGAAUGGAGAGGUGGCCGCCGUCGCACAGUGCGCUCUCCACUCAUUUCUAUGGGACUUCCGAAAAUAGCCAAUCGCAUUUGCUCAGCUAUUUUCAGAACUUCCACAGAAGUGAAUGGAGAGCAUCCUACGCAUGCGCAGUGUUCUUUCUGUUUACUCAAGGGCGACGACGGUCAAGAGAUAGGUGGCAUAUCUGACCGUGGUGGCAUAUCCUAGCAAUAUGCCACCAAUGUGUAAGGUGACACAUGUCUAUAUGCGAGUCCUCGGUCAUUCCGCUCGGCUGCCUCAGGUUGGUCAGCACCUGCAUACACUGAGGAAUGGAGAGAGAUGGCCGCCUGUCUUCAUCAUCACUGCCUCUUUCCAUUCACAGUAUACAGGGGCUGCCAGGAAGAGCAGUCAUAGGGAUGUAAUCUCUAUUCCCCGAGUAGCUCCUGUGGAUGUCCUAUUGUGGUAUAUGCAGUUCCCUAAUCUAUUCCCCUGUAGGUCUAGCCACUUAUUUAAACUAUGCAGUGUUAUGAAAUCCAGCGUUCUCCCGAUCGCCCCAAUGAUAUUCGCACAUUCUUCGCUCGCGAUGAUAGAAACUAUUUGUAUUUUCUGAAUUGUGCUGGGAUAUUGUAAGCCAAGAUCAGUCGUCCUGAUGCCAGCCCGCAGCGGUGGAACCGCAGGUCCCAGGAUAUUCUCGGGUAAGCAGCAGGGCUCCUGAUCUGCGCUAUUUUGUUUUUAUACUCCUGAAUAAAUGAUUAUUUGACCCUUU